AUCCGAAGGAGGCGUUGAGGUAUAAUAGGGCACGAGAUUGAGACGGUGAAGCUAAGAAAUGAGGCCCUUUUGCAGGUUCUCGAUUCUCCUUGCGCUGGUUGCUCUCGUGGAAUCUUCAUGCAACAGUGAAGACCAAAACCUGGUGUCAAAGGCCUUCCAAUCUGUCUCAGGAUUCAACGCUUCCUGGUUCCAUAAAACAGGUUCCAACUGUUUAGAUAUUCAGAUUAAGGAGAUAGAGCUUCCUUCCAAAAACUUGAGUGGAAGUAUCUCGUGGAGAUAUCUGAGGAACAUGUCAAAGUUGCAGGUUCUGGAUCUGUCUGGGAAUUCUCUACAAGGCCAGGUCCCAAACUGGUUCUGGGCAAGCUCAACCUUAUUGGUAGUGAAUCUUUCCAAGAACAAAUUCGGAGGGAGCAUUGCGUUGAAACCCACUUCCCAAAAUGCUUCCUUUUCAUCACUUCAAACACUCAAUCUCUCAUACAACAGGUUCACCAAUCUACUACACCUCUCUGGUUUCUCAAACCUUAAAAGCCUCGACCUUUCCCAUAACAACCUCGGCACGUUACCUUCGGGGUUCCAAAACCUCACCAAUCUACGCCACCUCGAUCUCUCAAGCUGCAACAUCAAAGGAAACGUAAAACCCAUUUCUUUCCUUCCCUCACUCGCCCACUUAGACUUGUCUAACAACACAUUGAACGGUAGUUUCCCCUCUGACUUUCCUCCCCUGAACGCCAUCAAAUUCUUGAACAUAUCUCACAACAACUUCAAAGCAUCGGUUACCUUAGAUAAGUUCAAAAAAUUCGGCAAAUCCGCGUUCAUCCACGCCGGCAACAACUUCAACUACAACUACAACGCAUCCAAAACGCCAAAACUUGGUUCAAGCGAAAACCCAAAACCCAUUCACGCGAAGCAGAGAGGGAAACAAAAGCCAAAGCAAAAGUCAAAACGCAAAACGAAAAGCAUGAUUGCGGGAGUGUCCUCUGGCUCAGCAGUUCUGGUAGUGGUUUUGUGUAUGUGUGGUGUGUGGGGUUACAGAAGGAAGAGGGAAAUGGCGAAGAAGAACAAAUGGGCAAUAUCGAAACCGGUCCCAAUGAGCAUUAAGAUGGAGAAAUCAGGACCGUUCGCGUUUGAGACAGAGUCAGGGACAUCGUGGGUGGCUGACCUGAAAGAACCCUCUUCUGCACCUGUGGUGAUGUUCGAGAAGCCAUUGAUGAACCUGACCUUCGUAGACCUCAUCGCUGCCACGUCACACUUCGGCAAGGACUCUCUCCUCGCUGAGGGGAGGUGUGGCCCUGUUUACCGUGCUGUCUUGCCCGGAGACAUCGACGUGGCAAUCAAGGUCCUCGAAAACGCCAGAGACGUUGUUCAUCAUCAAGCUGUCUCUACCUUCGUUGACCUCUCAAAACUCAAACACCCCAAUCUCUUGCCCCUCUCGGGUUACUGCAUUGCAGGGAAAGAGAAGCUGGUAUUGUACGAGUUUAUGUCAAACGGAGAUUUGAGUAGGUGGCUGCACGAGCUACCAUCGGGUGAGACUAACGUGGAGGAUUGGAGUGGGGACACGUGGGAGAUUCAAAACGGCGCCGUUUCUCGAGCCUCGCCCCCGGAAAAGAUGGGGUGGCCAAUACGGCACCGUAUUGCCGUGGGGGUGGCGCGCGGGCUAGCUUUUCUCCACCACGCGGGGUCGAGGCCCGUCGUGCACGGCCAUCUGGUGACGUCGAACGUCCUUCUCGCCGACGAUUUCGAGCCCCGAAUUGCCGAUUUCGGGUUCCGGAAAAUCGGGCAAGAAACUGCUCCCAAUUGCACCACCGAGACCGACGUGUACUGCUUCGGAGUGGUGCUGAUGGAGCUGCUGACGGGGAAGCCCGGCACAGCGGAGACGGUGGUUUGGGUGAGGAAACUGGUGAGAGAGGGUCACGGGGUGAGGGCGCUGGACGAGAGGCUCGAACUCGGUGGCGGCGACUCGGAGAGUGAGAUGGUGGAGAGUCUCCGGGUUGCGUAUUUGUGUACGGCGGAAUCGCCAGCGAAGAGGCCCACCAUGCAGCAGGUGUUGGGCCUUCUCAAAGAUAUUCAUCCUAGCCCGGGACUGGACUGAGUUGACUCGCACAACUGAAUCGUUCUGUUUUUUAAACUGUUUCUAUUUUUCAACCCCACGCGACUCGGAAGUGUUUGAGGCUUAAGCUCGAUGAGCAAUUCCUCGUUGCAUAGCACGUGGCAAUGGAGUUUUGGACCAUGUUUUUAUUUUUUUUAAAUAUAAAAUAUGGUUAUGAUUGCCAUGUAUACCAUAAAGUUCAGGAAAAAGAAAAAGUGAAAAGGAGAAAAAGGUGGACAACAUGAAGUGGGGUAGGAGUAGGAGGAGAAGCAGGGAAGUAUAGGGAAGCCUGAGAUCAGGCAAUUGAUGAAUGGGAGUGUUGUGUAAUAUCUUUUUUGUGGUGAGCAUGCUUAGGGCAGAGAAUCCCACUAAUUACUUGUCUCUUCUAAGAGGGGCUUCC